AUGACACAGAACUCACGCAAUGUCUUGCACGAACAACAACAACGGCUGCAAUCCACCGUCAAGCGCAAAAGCGAUCAAAGCCAGCAAACCGAGCCCAUUCCAUCGUGCCUCUUUCCAGCCUUUACCGACGUGGUGACACAGCAGCCCCUCACCGCACCGCCUUUCACCUACAGUCAGUCAAUCUCCAUGCCUUCCACCCCCUCCACCGCGGCAACAGGUCUUGCCUCCGCGACGGCGACAACCACGCUGACAGCAACUACGCUGCGCGAGAGGAUCCAGGUGUCUUUUGGCGCCUCACAGGCGAAAACCAACCUCAUUUCAGCGGCUUUUAUUCACCGACUCAAACAGAGGGUGCAGCAACACCGAGAGGAGGUGACAGUCAUUGAGGAGAGGCUUAUAAGUGAGGAUGGAUCACUGUCGUCGUCAGAGAAGGAGGAAGAAGAGGAGGAGGAAGAAGAGGGAGAAAUGGAAUUUCACAUCGCAAGACGUUUCAAACCUAGACGUCCAAGGGGACCAUCCAUCUCUCGAAGAGCUCACCUCUUUCCACAUCACCGCAGCAGCCUAAACAACAGCAGCAGCACCACCUCACCGAAACUGACUACAAGUCUGGCGGCACUGUCUCUACGAUCAUCACCACCGCCACCACCAGCUCCGCCCUGCAUUCGACGGCAUCAUAUUCCACCUUCGACGCCGGCACUGAAGUCGCUGUGCCAAGAGGCGGAGAAUCUACUUCCACUUACCUCAACGACAGCCAACUUGACCCCUCCUCCUCAUUCUGGCUCCUUCAAGAGACGCGUCAAUUUUGCGGACAGUGCUCAAGUGGACGGAAUGCCCUCUCCGACGCAGACACAAAACCGAUCAAUGGAAGAGCCUGAGGCGGUGGUGAAGAUUAAACCGGCGAUCAAGAAGGCUGAUGUGAAGGAUGCCGAUACUGUGGUGAAUGGAAAACGAUCCCUGUAA